AUGUAUAGGGAGUCAACGCGUAGUCUUAUUAACACGGUGACCCACUCAGAAAUCGAACCCGAAAUCCGUAGCUCCGCAGCCGCACUUCCGACCGGGGAUAUCGAUAUCGAGGAGCAUCGAGCACAGGUAGCUUGCCGCCCGUCCAGAACCAGACCCGAGUGGAUGGCACGCACAGCAUCUUCAUCACAGUUGGAGUCCAAUAAGGCAAUGUUCAGCAGGGGUUGGGGUCAAUCAUGUACCGUGGCCCAGGACUGGAGCAGGAGAAUGAACGGGGUGGUUUUAGCCAAGGAGCUUCGAGUUAAUUGCCGAAUUUGGCGUAUUAGGGCUAACCCUAAUACGCCUAUGCCUCCGAUUCCUAAGAAUCGGAGGAUUGGGAAUGGAGGCACUGAAAUGGGCCUUUGGGCAGUGCGUCACUCGAUCAGAUGUAAACAGUUCGAUGGCACCCAGCUGGUGUCCUCUGGAGUGUGUGUCCAGCUGCAGCGCGCCGUAUAUAAACUGCAGCUGGAGCAGCGCCAGGCACAGCUCACCGUCAUCCGUCGCAACAUCACCAUGAGGACCGCAACACUCGUACUUGUAAUUGCCUGUAUUGGUUACAUAGGCGCUUUGGGCAACUUUGGAAUCCCAACUAAAAACAAAGACAUUAAUUUAGUAUUCAAUGUUGACAUAAGCGUUGAUUAUUCGAAAGGAAAUAAAACAAACGACACUUGUUUGACAGUAAGCAUACCAAUCAGAAACAAUACGAACAACAAUAGCAGCAUCGAUAGUCCCAAAACACAAGACGACGUCUACAAAACGAAUCAAACUACUACAAACUCUACGGCCAGCUAG